AUGGACCAUGAAGAUUCAUAUAACCAAUACUACAAUUAUUUAGGAAAUUCCCAAAACAUUGAUAAUCAAAACCCUCAAACACCACCUCCAAAUUUCUCAAAUCCCCAAACAUCUUCAAUCCGUCCAACUCCUUAUAAUUAUCCAUUAAUGGAUGUUAAUCGGCAUCAUGAAAAUCCUUACAUGCAUACAAGUCCCCCGUAUCCACCAAACACUCAAAUGAAUUAUAACUUUGGCUAUUAUAAUCCUCAAAUGGUUAGGCCAGGUUAUAAUCUUCGUCCUUUAAAUUUAACCGAAUCCUUUAUAAGUCACGAAAAUAUAAGAAGGGACAGCGUCGAAGGCUCAAGCAUGCAAGAAGAGUCUCUAACUCCUAGUUGGAUUACCAUUUCGAAAGAUCCAAUAAAAGAAAACGACCAAACUAAGGAAUUGUAUUGGAAGAAUAUUGUUGAAUACUACAACACGUGGAAACGAGAAGAUCCAGUUGUACCCGUUGAUAAAGCUUCCAACCACUGGUUCAAAAUGAGUGCUGAUGUUAACAGGUUUAAUGGAUGCUACAUAAUGGUAAAAGAUAGUCAUCCAAGCGGUCAUAAUGAAGAUGAUAUUAUUAACAAGAAAGAGGGUGUCCCGUCAAAGAGAACACAAACUGAAGACGUGGAAGUGUUAGAUAAACGUCCUAUAGGUCAGAAGGCAGCUAAAGAAGCAGCAAGAAAGAGGGUCCAUAAGAAGGAUAAUGAAAUUGUUUCUGAUACAUGGACUAAAUUUGAAGACUUAGCUAACAAGAGACUAUCACUAAUAGAGGACCACAUCCGCCAAAGUGAUUACGAGUUAUUAUGCAAGGAUACUUCAAACAUGGAUGAACGAGUUAAGAAAAAUCAUGAACAAGUAUGUGAAAGGUUAAGAGCUAAGUAUGGAAUGUCUUAA